AUGCCAUUGGUGGAGUUUGUGUACAAUAAUAGCUUUCGUGCGAGCAUUGGGAUGGCUCCAUAUGAGUAUGGACGGAAGUGCCAAUCUCCACUUUUUUGGUAUGAAAGUGGUGAAGCAAGUGCUUUGGGUCCUGAUUUGGUAGCAGAGACUAUGGAGAAGAUUAAGAAGAUUCGAGCUAGAAUUCUAACUGCACUGAGUCGACAGAAGAGUUAUGCGGAUCAGAGGAGAAAACCGUUGGAAUUUGAAGUGGGAGAGCAUGUAUUUCUGAGGGUUACAUUGACAACUGGGAUUGGAAGAGCGAUUAAAACCAAGAAGAUGAAUCCAAGGUUCAUAGGACCGUUUGAGAUUCAGAGGCCAUUUGGGCCAGUGGUAUAUCAAGUAGCUUUCCCACCUCACUUGUCUAACUUGCAUGACGUAUUCCAUGUGUCACAACUCUGUAAGUACACGCCGGAUGCGGCUCAUGUGUUAGAGCCCAAGUCGAUCGAGUUGAGGGAGAACUUGACAUUUCGAGUAACACCAAUGCGUAUUGACGACACUAGUGUAAAGAAGCUGUGA